GGAGGACUCGCGCACUCGAGGCAGCCGGACCAUGGGGCGCUCUCACCAGCUGAUUGACGGGCUGCGGGUCUCGCCGCCUUCUCUGGAGGCCCCCCCAGCAACGUCAGCCUGCUCGAGAGCAGCGACUGACUGAAGCAGGCGAGGAGACAACCAGGCAUGGCUGACCCUCUGCGCAGGACCCUUUCCAAGUUGCGGGGCAGACGGUCGCAGCGAGGGGCGGCAAGCGCGGGGGAAGCCUCUGGGCACCCGAACUGCGCCAGCGGCGGCGCCCUCCACUGUAAAGCCCAGCAGGCUCUGCGGCCCCCGGGCAACGGAGCGGCAGGAGUGCCGUGCGCUCUUCUCGGGAGGCCGGCGGGUUGCCCCACGGUCCUCGCGCCGUCCUCGGAAGAGCUGGGGCUGUCGGAAACGCGGGGGAAGACGGCGGCGAUGCCGGGGGAAGGACUGCCGGGAGCCACCAUCGCCUGCCCUUGCCCCACUGGAUUCGUUCGGGAAGGGAGGGCGCUGCAGCCACCUAGCCCCCCGGGGCUCCGUGCGCCCCCUCCUCCUCCGACCAAGCUCUGCUUCUCCGCCCCCGUUUUCCCGGCGGGUGCGAACUCCGGAUCUCCCCUGGAGAGGGGCGGUGGCAGCGAGGAGGACGAUUACUACGACAACCAGAGCCUGCCCGGUUGGGGCUGCCAAGGAGCGCCUGGAGCGCAGGAAGCAGCGCGGGGAAACAAGGACGGUGGCGAGGCCGGCAGCCUCAGGGCCGGGGCGCGGGAGAGUACAGGCAGGCUGCGAAGCCAGCUGCAGGAGGCCUAUUACCUCCUCAUCCACGCCAUGCACGAUUUGCCCCCGGCCAGCCCCACCGGCGGGGCCCGCUCGCCUCAGCCGCCGGCUGGCUCUCCCUCUGGUCUUGGGGAGAGCAGGGAUGCUUCUAGCGGGGACGGCUGCUCCCGGCUGCAGGUGACCCAUCCCGGCUCUCCACCCUCGGCCAGGGGCCCUGCCUGGCGCCAGGGCAUUAGCAAGAGCCUGGAAAGUCUCCGGCCCUCGGCCAAGCCGCUGCUCUUGCCGAGGUGCUUGAGCGACGGCGAGCUCCGAGAGUCGCCGACGCCCCGGGGCCACCUGCCGCAGGAGCCGGGCACGAGGCGGGAAGCCACUUUCCUCUCAGCUGCCGCCGCACGGCCCAGCCGCAACAGCUGCGAAAGGUGCCCGAGCGACCGAAGCGCUCGUGAGGGGCUUCCGUCAGCGCAGCUGCUGCUCCCGCAGUUUGCCCCCGAGCUGGGCAGCACCUUGGACGAGGCUGUGGUGCUGGGAAGUGCCGAGGUAGAGCCGGCAGCUGCGGGCAGCGAAAGCAGCCAGAGGCACCCUCUGGCAGGCGCCCACGAAGGCCCCUUCAAGCCGCCUGCGGUGACCGUGAGGAAGCUCCAGAAGUGGAUGUACAAAGGCCGCCUGCUCUCGCUGGGCAUGAAAGGGCGAGGCGGUACAGCCGGGCCUGCCUCCGCUUCCCCCUCCAAGGCCACCGGGACCUGCGGGAUGCUGCUGGGCAGAGAAGAGGGACCGGCUGUUCCUUCUCCCGCCCACAUGAGGGGACCAGGCAGCAGAGCUCUUGUGUCUCCUUCCGACCAAAGAAUUUUGCUGACAGAUUUGAUUGAAAAUGUUUACAUACCUUCCAUGAACAGAAGAGAACUUAAGAACUUUAAAUCUAGUGAAAUUGCUGAGUGUAAGCCUCAAAUUGCUAGCAUCACGGUAUCUAAGAAACGAAAUUGGUUACAUCAGAGUUCCCCAAGAGUACCUAAUCUGGAGAAAGGAAAUUCUUAUAAGAAAAUUUCAGGAGAAACUCACCAGCUAUUCAAAUCUCCCAGUCCUUUGCUCGAGCCCAAAAUGCCUCAGACUUUCCCCAAACUUCUAGGGUAUGAAUGCCCUAACAGAAGAGUUGGUUCUGCACAUGUUGCUGUGAAUGAAGCAAGCCCUUUGGCACUACAAAACCAUACUCUAGAAUUUGGUGAUGAGAAUGAUGCAGAUGAUGAAGGAGAAAUAUGGUACAAUCCCAUCCCUGAAGAUGAUGAGCCUGACUUCUCUUGUUUUGUUCAUAACAAUGCUGGCAAUUCAGAUUCCCAAGCCAUGAAUUGCAAGACUUCCUCUGCAAAUUACUCGAUUAAAGAUGCAGCACAUAAUGAAGGUUUUCCACAGUCUUUCAACUGUAUUGGAGAUGCUCAGCCCAGGGAAAUUAGUCAAGUCAAUUGUGUCCAUUCCAUGGAACUUUUGCAAGUACAGAAGCCAAAGCCUGCAUGCUCUACUCUGAGUGGAUUUGUCAUGGAGGAUAAUUCUACAUUAAAAGGUCCUUCAGGAGGACCUGGGAUCUUGACUGCAAGCAAAACUGAAAUGGGAGCAGCCGAAUGUUCUCCUUCAAGUCCUAACCCUUCAAAAAAGAAUAGUUCAAUAAACUGGUCUUUCCAUGAUAAAAUAAAAUCCCCAAGAACUGUAAGGAAGCUUUCCAUUAAAAUGAAAAAAUUACCAGAGCUCAGUAGGAAACUCAGUGUCAAAGGAAAUUCAAGCCAUAAUAGCUCAGAUAAUUCUUCCUUGAUUAAAAAUAAUUGUCAGGAUAUAGGCCAUGCAUCAUUGCCCUCUCCUGGGAACAUAACAGCAGCAGCUAGCAGGAAUGUUAUAAGUCGAUAUCACCUUGAUAGCAGUGUGUCCUCACAACACAACUACAAAAAGAAAAGCAACGGGAGUUCCAAAUCCUCCAGCAAAGGAGGCUACCUCAGUGAUGGAGACUCCCCUGAGCUUAUAACAAAAUCAGGGAAAAAUGCAGCUGAAAGCAGGUCUGGGAAAGGAAAGGAAGUGUUCCCAAACAAUAAUGGUAGUAAAGCAGAAAUAGACAUUGACGCUUUUAGACAUUACAGCUUUUCUGACCAGCCCAAAUGUUCCCAAUAUAUAUCUGGGCUCAUGAGCAUUCACUUCUAUGGAGCUGAGGAUUUAAAACCACCACGGAUGGACUCAAAAGAUGUCUUCUGUGCAAUUCAGGUAGAUUCAGUUAAUAAAGCAAGGACUGCCUUACUGACAUGCAGAACAACUUUCCUGGACAUGGACCACACUUUCAACAUAGAAAUUGAAAAUGCCCAGCACUUAAAACUAGUGGUCUUCAGCUGGGAGCCCAUGCCAAGGAAAAAUCGGGUCUGCUGCCAUGGGACAGUGGUUCUUCCUGCUCUUUUUCGCGUGACAAAGACUCAUCAGUUGGCCGUGAAGCUGGAACCUAGAGGUCUUAUUUAUGUCAAGCUGACUCUGAUGGAACAGUGGGAGAACUCUCUUAAUGGGCUAGAUGGAGAAAGAGAGCCAGUAAUGUUUGGCGUCGAUGUUCGGAAAGUUGUUGAGAAGGAAAAUGUAGGCUUGAUGGUACCCCUCUUGAUGAAGAAGUGCAUUGUGGAGAUUGAAAAGAGAGGCUUCCAGGUUGUAGGCCUGUACCGUUUAUGUGGCUCAGCAGCUGUCAAGAAAGAGCUCCGAGAAGCCUUUGAAAAGGAUAGCAAAGCGGUUGCUCUCUGUGAAACCCAGUACCCAGAUAUAAAUGUGAUAACAGGUGUCCUCAAGGAUUAUUUAAGAGAACUGCCUUCCCCCUUGAUAACCAAACAACUCUAUGAUGCAGUAUUGGAUGCCAUGGUGAAAAACCCAUUGAAAAUGGCAGCAAAUGGAUGUGAUAAUGACCCUAGUGAUUCUGAGCAUACAGUAUCCCUCUUAGAUUGCCUGCCAGACAUUGAAAAGGCCACUCUAAGGAUGCUGUUGGACCAUCUGAAAUUGGUGGCUUCAUACCAUGAAGUAAAUAGAAUGACAUGCCAGAACCUAGCUGUGUGUUUUGGACCUGUAUUGUUGAGCCAGCGGCAGGAAACCACCAACCAUAACAACAGAGUAUUCACUGAUUCUGAAGAGCUUGCUAGUGCCUUGGAUUUCAAGAAGCAUAUAGAAGUUCUACAUUACCUACUUCAGCUAUGGCCAGUGCAACGUUCAGCUGCCAAAGAAUCUGCACUGCCUGAGCAGCAGUCCUCGGUGAACUAUCUGAGACCGAAGAAGCAACGACCUCAAAUGCUGAACUUGAACAGUGCUGAAAUAUCAGGGAUACUGAGGUCCAGAACAGCCAGACUGGAUAGUCCUUCAAGUAACCGCUAUGCUGGAGAUUGGAGUGGUUGUGGGGAGAACUACUUCAUAAACCCCAAAGAGUCUCUGAAUGAAGCAGACUAUGAUGAUGUUCCUUCAGAAGAUGCAGAAAGUGAAGAUGAUGGCAGCAGAGUAGACAGUUCAGAUAAGCUGAUAGAACAACCUCAUUGCAUGUCCAAAGAGCAUACAUUUCAGGCCUAUUUGGCAAUGCAAACAAUGGAUUCUACAGUAAACCACAGAGUAAACCUCAAAGACCUGCAGGAAAGCAUUGACACUCUGAUAGGAAACCUGGAACGGGAACUCAAUAAAAACAAGCUCAAUAUCCGUUACUAAUAAUAGUCUCCUGCACUGCGGACUUUGGUUGGUAUGUCCUUUCCCUUGUUUCUUUCCCAAGAUUUGUCUGCAUCCCAAGAUUUCCCAGGAUUUGGGGUGGAUGAUCCUGACCUUGAUUGGAGUGCUGGUAUUUUAAUUGCAUUGUGCGUUGGUUAUGAUCCUCAAAUAGACUUAGUGCCUUCAAUUACACAAUGUUACUUUCUGUCCUUUUCUUCCCAUCCACCCCCUUCUUGUUUUGAAGAUGGGAUUGGCCUGACCCUCCUGGGUUUAAAGUCAUCAUGUAUUUAAGAAAAUGCCUUUAGAAAUUUCCCUUCCCCUUCUUCAAGGUACUAUAUGCACUUGUGAAAUUUGGACAGUUUAUGGAAGAUAUGUAAGGCAUCCCCUCUGUCUACAUUACACAGGAAUAGUGUUCCUAAAGUUCCUGAAACUUUAACCGUGGUAUGGAUGUUCUCCUAGAAGGGAGGAUUAAUGUUGCUGCUUAUGUGAUAAUUUGCAGCACAAAUUGUAGGUAGAUCAUGUUCUACCGUAUUUUGACACCUCUUUACUUGCGAUGCAAAAGCUGCUAUGAAAAAUGCUUUAUAUAUAUUAUAUAUAUUUGAAAAAAGGUUUUGUACAAUGAUUAAUGUAUUCCUGUAUUAACACUUUCCAGCAAUUAUUUAAACCUGCAAAAAUGAAAUAUUUUUCUAACUUUUUUUGUACAUAUUUAUAUAUUAAACAUGGGGCUUGAUCAAGUCCACCAUGGGUGCAACACCUAUAGGUGCAACACCAAUGCUUGGAAGAUACACUUCAGGGUAUAGCAAUCUUUCCCCCCCCCCCGUCCCCCUGAAGGAUGCAUGGAUGUGAGAUUGCAUAGGUGUGGAGCCGGGCUGUUAGGUUAAAUGGGAAGCCUGUUUGGCCUUCUCUUUCCAUUAGGUCAGGGAAUGCAAGCAUUGCAUGGGGACAGGGUUCUCGAUACUGUAUGCUCUAUGGGAAUCCCUCAACACACAGGUGCUAUAUCUACUAAAUCAUUUGAUAGACCUGGAUUAAGCCCUUUGUUAUGUGGCUGUUUUGAAAAGUGGCACAUUAGCUUUGAAUAAGGGUAUCACUUCUAAUAGAGGCUUAUAUUUUUGUGAUGCCAAAAUAAGGGGCUACCUAAGCAAAGGUGGAUGACUCUGAGUAGAGGGGAGUGGGGGAACAUCUGUGGAGCUUGAAGGCUACAGCUUGCUUUUUUAAAAAAUGUGCAAAAUCAUAACUUGCCUGGAUAACACACUAUACUUAUCACGCUACUUUGCCAUUUGUGCAAUUUCUGCUAACAGACCACAAAUAGGAAUUUUUAGACACAUUUUGGAGAUGAGGAGAAUGAUCACUUGAUCAGAAGUAGUUGUUUUACAUUGCUCACCAGUGUUUAUAUUGUUUAAAGUGUGUGUUUCCCCCAAAUAUACAUACUUGUAACCUGUCCAAAGAUCAGCCAGAUUCUGUUAGGGGACCAAGUGCUAAUUCUUGCAUGAUCAAGGGCCUGGGAUUUUGCUAAUGCCAAAUGUUCAAAAUAGUAAAAUGUACAUACAAAAGUAAGGUGUAAAAAAAAAAGACUGACUUGCUACUGUCUGUUUGCAUUUUAAGCCAUAUUCUCAAUGUAUUGGGCUAAUUCAAGGGCAUAUAUUUCUAUACCAAACUGUGUUUGGUAGGGACUACAUGUUGGUUUACUCUAUAUUCAGGCCCCUUAUUGAGUAUCAUCACUUGGAUCUUGCCUUUACAUGUUUUUUCCUGUAUGGAGAAGUAUUGUCAUACCACAUGAUGGUCAGACUUAACUGCGAAUGUGGUCAGUGCCUUCUUGUCUGCUGAGGAAGAAGUAGCCACUAGGUACUGAGUUGCAGGGAGUGUGAAAGGAAACCACUGCAAUGACCUGAUCAGACAAAAGCACUGUAUCUAGAAGAAAACAGCAGGACACAUUACUGCGGGAACUGUGUUCAUAUUCUGCAACUUACCUUCAGCAUGCUCUUAUGCAUGUUUACUCAGAAGUAAGCAUUGUUCAUACAGUGCCAUGCCUUAGUAAGUAUGCUCAGGACUGUAGUAUUAACAUUUAUGGUUAUUUGCAGCCUACCUUCAUGAGUUCAAAUCUGCUGGUAAGAGCUACACGAAUAUUGAAGGUUGAAGUCAUCUGGAAUAUUAUGACAGGCUCAUAAACCAGCUUGGUACAUAGGCAGUGCAAAUAGGUUAUCCCUAACUUGUGCCUCUUAUCCCAUGUCCAUGUAGUAGAAUGACCAAGGUCCUGCAUGUGCAUAUCCCAGUCAAGCAGUCCAUAUGCCUUAAAUGGAUGUGCAAUCAGAGAUGAGUGGCAAUCAGAGCAUACAUUCUUCAUGUGGUGAUGGGAGGAGAGGUAUACCCCAGGCCCUCAUGCCCUGAUUAAUGUAGAUUCUGCAGUCCAGUUGGUAUUUGAACUGUCCCUUGGUCUGCAUAAAAAUGUCUAUAGAAGAGGGCAAUGUUGUGUCCCACAAUUCAGUCUCUUGCUGGGUUCCAUGAUGUACUAAAUAGCAUACCAUUUUUAUAUCUUGUCCAGAGAAAUACAGACAGAAAAAAUGUGUAGGAAAAAAUAUGACAAUUCUGUGAACAAGGAGAAUACCUUUUUUUAAAAAAAAAUGUAUAUGUAAAGGCUUGAGAACAUUUGAAGCUUUUGUUCAAAUAUGUUUAUUUUUGUUUCAUUAAUUGCCACAAAAAAUUAAAGCUGUGUGUUGAGUAUAUACAUUUUAAAGCUUUUCUUGGCAGUUGUCUUAAAAGAGUAUGGCAACUUCUUCAGUUCUGCCCUUAGAAGAGUGAAUGUGAUAAACCCUUUAGAUUUACUCUCAAACAUUUCAUACAUUAGUAGUUAACCAAAGCAAACACUAUUCUAAUGCAAGUCUCAGUGAAAACUGAACUUCUUGCCUGUCUAGCCAUAAGGUCCAAGAAUAAAAGUCAUGCAGUCAGAUGCCUCGUAAAAGAUGAGGACUAAGUUUGUAAUGUACACAAGUCAUACUUUUAAAGGAUUUUUGUUUAUAAAUCUAAGUGUAGAAGGGGCUAGUUAUCUCUAAAUGAUGUUCUGGAUUUCAGCAGCCUCCAUAAUGUGGGACUGAAUUUUCUCUUGUUUUAGUCCAUUAUCAGCUCCCCCGCCCCCCCUCCAUGGACCUGAUGUAAAUGGUAUUUAACUUGUCCUUGCCCUGCUAUAUAUUGUCUGAUUGUUUUUAGCUAUUUAUUUACAAUAGGAUGACAGAAUAUUUGUGCACGUUUUUGCCACCUUUCUUCUCCCUAAAGAAAUGUCUCAGCAUUAUAUCCAGCAUCCUUUAUUAAUUUAUUAUUAUCACUAGUGUGGAAAAUACACUGUACAAUCACAGCAAUACAAUAACUAUGGUACUGUUUGAAAACCUCUCUUUUAACCUGAAGCAUUUAUGCAUAAAUCAGCGUGUUUUUUAAAGUAUAUGUACAGGAAUUAUGGAUUAUUUUUAAACUGUUAAUUCUGAAUAAAACCCAAAUUAAGAAUAAAAA